AUGGCCUCCGACGGCAUCUCGCUCGAGUUCAUCACCACCGGCAACGUCUGGAUGCGCAACCCGAUGCAGGGCCAGCCGAUCGCCAACCGCAGCAUCGCCAUGCGCUUCCUCCGCUCCCUCACGGGCGACUGGAUCGGCCCGAUGCCGCUCGGGGCCUUCCUCAUCCACCACCCCGCCGGCCCGAUCCUCUUCGACACGGGCGUCUCGACGCACUGCACCGAGCCGGGCUACUUCCCCUGCUGGAACCCGAUCCCGGGCAUGCUCAACAAGCUCGAGGUCACGCGCGAGGACGGCAUCGUCGAGCAGCUGCGCCGCCGCGGCGUCAAGCCGACGGACCUGCAGUUCGUCGUCCUCAGCCACCUGCACCACGACCACGCCGGCGGGCUCGAGGAGCUCGCCGUCGCCGCGCCCGACGUGCCGGUCUACGUCGGUCCGGAGCACUGGGACGCCUUCGGGAAGCACCCGGUCUGGGCCGCCAUGCAAGGGUGCACGCCGGACCGCUGGCCGCCCGGCUUCGAGCCGCGCAUGCUCGACUUCGAGGAGGGGCGCGCCGUCGGGCCGUGGGGGCGGUCCUGCGUGCUGACGGCCAACGGCACCGUCGUCGCCGUCGACACGCCGGGCCACGUGCCGGGCCACGUCUCGCUCAUCGUCGUGGGCGACAACGACGACGGCACCACGACGCGGUACCUGCUCACGGGCGACGCCACGUACGCCAUCGACGUGCUGGAGAGGGAGGAGCCGGACGGCGCCAACGGUGACCCGGUCACGGCGUUUGAGAGCCUGCGCAAGAUCAAGGAGUACGCGAGGAGCCACGACGUCGUCGUCCUGCCGAGCCACGACCCGGACACGCCGCGGCUGUUGCGGGACAGGGUGGUGUAUCGGCCGAAGGACUAG